CGAGGAGGGCGGGAUGCUCCGCCGGCUCGGAAUGGUGCGGGAGCCGGGCCGCUGAGGGGCGCGCAGGAGCCGCGCCCGCGGGGAAGGAGUCCUGCAGGCCCCAGGAGCAGAGAGUUAAAUGUCGAAAAUGAACCCCGAGAUCCCCCAGCGAAGAUGUGUUGCGGGCCGCUGUUGAAGGAGUCAACUUUCAGGCUGUUAAAGACCUCAAGUCAUUAGCAUCAGCUGCUGCGCUAAAGGGGCCAGCCAGCGCCUCUAAGUGGCUUAGCGCACAAACGAGGCUCCCGAGACGGCGUCGGCCACUCCAUCCACUCUUCCACCACCUGCUGGACGUGAAAAGCUCUCCGGAGCCCAUCUCGGCAGAACCUACAAGACAGCAACACCAACACCUCUUGACAUGGAAAUACACUGAUACAGUAGGCAAAAGAAACACUCGAUUGCAUCUCCCGGUUCCAGGUGGCCUUAUUUGGGCGAUUUGAUCCUGACCUUAUUCCUGUUGGAAAUCAGAACGGCUACCUUGUGUUGGGUAAAAUGCCCAGGGAUAGAUGCUGUAGCAUAAUAAAUGAUGGAGGAUUCGGGCAUCCAGAGAGGCAUCUGGGAUGGAGAUGCCAAAGCUGUCCAACAAUGUCUGACAGAUAUUUUUACCAGCGUUUACACCACCUGCGACAUCCCUGAGAAUGCUAUAUUUGGUCCCUGCAUCCUGAGCCAUACUUCCCUGUACGACAGCAUAGCUUUCAUAGCUCUCAAGUCCACCGACAAGAGAACAGUCCCUUAUAUCUUCCGGGUAGACACCUCAGCGGCGAAUGGUUCCUCAGAAGGUCUUAUGUGGCUGCGUUUGGUCCAGUCAGCCAGAGAUAAAGAAGAGCAGAACCUUGAAGCCUACAUAAAAAACGGACAGCUGUUUUACCGCUCUCUCCGCAGGAUUGCCAAAGAUGAGGAGUUACUAGUUUGGUACGGGAAAGAACUGACUGAGUUACUCUUGCUCUGCCCCUCUAGAUCCCACAGCAAAAUGAAUGCAGGGUCGUCCCCUUACACAUGCCUGGAAUGCAGCCAACGUUUCCAGUUUGAGUUUCCCUAUGUGGCGCAUCUGCGCUUCCGCUGCCCCAAGAGACUUCACAGCGUUGAUGUGAGCCCCCGAGAGGAGCAAGGCAGCGGCGUGGGCACCAAGGAUCACGGGGGCGGCGGCGGCGGCAAGGACCAGCAGCCGCCGCAGCCACAGGAGGCACCCUUGGGUCCCAGCCCCAAGUUCUGCAAAGCCGGCCCGGUCCACCACUACCCGGCGCCCUCCCCCGAGGGCGGUAACCCGCCUGCGGCUGGCGGCGGCGGCGGCAGCAGCGCGAAGCCGUCCACGGACUUUCACAACCUGGCGCGGGAGCUGGAGAACUCCGGGGGAGCCAGCAGCUGCUCCCCAGUGCGGAGCCUCAGCGGCGGCAGCGACCACCAGGAGGCGGAGCUGAGUCCCGACGGCAAUGCCGCGGGCGUGGGCAAAGGGAAGAGGAAAUUCCCGGAGGAGGCGGCGGAGGGCGGCGGCGGCGGCGCCGGGCUGGUGGGGGGCCGGGGCCGCUUCGCCGAGCGGCCCCCGCCCGCCUCCAAGGAGGACCUGGUGUGCACGCCCCAACAGUACCGCGCCUCGGGCAGCUACUUCGGCCUGGAAGAGAACAGCCGCCUCUUCGCGCCGCCCAGCCCGGAGACAGGCGAGGCGAAGCGCAGCGCCUUCGUGGAGGUGAAGAAGGCGGCCCGAGCGGCCGGUGUGCAGGAGGAGGCGGCCGCCGACGGCGGGAGCACGGCCGCCGAGGAGCAGGACGCGGGCGGCGGCGGCUCCGCCACGCCCGUGGCCGCGUCGCCGGCCGGCUCCGAGAAGCUGCUGGCCCCGCGGCCCGGGGGAGCGCUGCCCGGCCGGCUGGAGGGCGGCAGCCCGGCGCGGGGCAGCGCCUUCACCUCUGUGCAGCAGCUGGGCGCGGGCGGCAACGGCGCAGGGGGCGGUGCAGGCGCUGGGGCCGCGGGCGGGGCGGGCGGCGGCCAGGGCGCCGCGUCGGACGAGCGCAAAAGCGCCUUCUCGCAGCCGGCGCGCUCCUUCUCUCAGCUGUCCCCGCUGGUGCUGGGCCAGAAGCUGAGCGCGCUCGAGCCCUGCCACCCCGGAGACGGUGUGGGCCCCACCAGACUGUACCCCGCCGCCUCCGAUCCUCUGGCCGUGAAGCUCCAAGGAGCUGCGGACCUGAACGGAGGUUGCGGGUCCCUGCCGAGCGGCGGUGGCGGCGGCGGCGGUGGGCUGCCCAAACAGAGCCCUUUCCUCUACGCCACCGCCUUCUGGCCCAAGAGCUCCGCCGCCGCGGCGGCCGCGGCGGCUGCGGCCGCGGGGCCCCUGCAGUUGCAGCUGCCCUCGGCGCUCACGCUGCUGCCGCCCUCCUUCACCUCUCUGUGUCUGCCCGCGCAGAACUGGUGCGCCAAGUGCAAUGCCUCCUUCCGCAUGACCUCCGACCUGGUGUACCACAUGAGGUCGCAUCACAAAAAGGAGUACGCCAUGGAGCCCUUGGUGAAGCGAAGACGGGAGGAGAAACUCAAGUGCCCCAUCUGCAACGAGUCCUUCAGGGAGCGCCACCACCUCUCCAGGCACAUGACCUCGCAUAAUUGACACGGAAAGGACUCCAGCUUUCCACGCGCGCACACGCACAGUCGAGCCCUGCAGGAGCAAACACACGAGGACAUGCACCACCUCCUUGUGACCUGAAACAUCGCACCCAGACACACACACACACACACACACACACACACACUCACACACGUGCUCUGCCCCCAACCUUUACAUCCAAGUGUUUACCCGUGACCUACACUACACACACACACACGAACACACACAAGAGACAAGAUGGUGGAUUUUUGAUUGGGUGGGGUGUUUAAGAGCUUUUCUUUUGAAUGCACGUAUUUUCACUUUCCCCAAAACAAAGUACAUUUUUUAAAAUGUCAUAUAUUGCAACAUAUUGAUGCAUUUGUCAUACGUUUCUACUUAAAUUAUUAAGCACUUACGAUUUAGAUGGAAUAAUAUGUAAGGGCAAAAUUUAUUUUAGAUAUAAAGUAAAGGAGGAGUGUGAGAUGCUUUCUGCAUUUCUUGAUUACAGUUUGUGUUCCUACAAAAAUAAGCAAAACAAAUAAAAAGGGGGUCACCAUUCAAUUUAAGUUUCCAGGGGGAAGUGCAUGUAUCAUGAAAUGAUUAUGGACUUCAAUGAAGAAUGUCAUCAUUAUGUAAAUAUGUAUUUCCUUUGAAUACAAAGUGUAAUUUUGUGCCAGUGAAAUGGAGUCUGAAUAGUUAUGUGUUUCUUUUAUCCCUGGAAAGAUUUAUUAAACUUUAUAUAGAUUAUCUGGA